UUCCUCCAUAUUUAAUGUUACGAUGGAAAUUUAACGAGAACUGAACGUCCUUAUUGUUCUUAUCUCUGAAAUAUUUCAAUUAAACUUCGUCCAGAUUGGAAAAUGGAUACAAAGUAUAAACUUUGAUACAAAGCUUAACCUUAUUAUUCAAAUUUCAAUUCAGCCAUGAACACCUUUGUUAGACUGUCUUAUUUCAUCAAUUUAGUGUCGUUGGUGAAGAAUGUAUCAACAGAAUGCAACAAUACCAUUGAUUUGAUAGAACAAAAGACGGUCGGCGAUAGUCUAUCAAUGUCGUGUCCAUCACAGAACAACCAAAUAAGAUGGGAACACCACAGCAGCAAUGUUCUCUUGAGGACCUUUAAUACUCCAAAUAUUACAAUAUUUAACAUUUCCUAUUUGGAUAUUGGAACUUAUCAGUGUUUAACUAUAAAGGAUUCUUGCAUUAGAAAAAAAGUAAUUCUAAAUGUUCAAGGACCUCCAGUUGUGUUAAGAGCAGAGAAGUACAUCGGCAGUGGCGAAACAAAUAUGGUUUUAAUUGCAUCGGAAUUAAUAAGUUUUCCACGUCCAGACGAGGAAGUAACAACCAAAGUAUGUGGAGCAGAAAACCAAAAGAAAAUAAAUGCUACAGAAUACCAGUCAGUAUUGGUGAAAACAAAUCGAUAUAAUUUAGAUUUUGAAAUCCCUGGAUAUUGUAUUAAUAUUACGAUCGAUCCUUCAACUUUAACUGGAGAAACUCUUACCUGUAUAGAAGUAUAUAUAUCAAACAAAAUUGGGGAAACGAUGUUUAGGUUAAACUUAACCAUCGAAUACGCUGAUUAUGACAACAGAAGAUCAUUUUUAAAAAUUCUUCGAGAAAAUACCGUUUUGGUGGCAGUGGGUGGAUUAGGACUGCUCCUACUGAUUAUUCUGAUCGUACUCAUUACUUUGUGCAGGCGUCUUAAACGGGUGGAGACAAUAAAAAUGUCAAAGCCAUAUGAUGUUCUCAGCACUCACCUCGUCCGCCAAUAUACGACAAUAAAUCCUAAUAACAGUAGCACUUUUUGGAGGGACCCAGUGCCAUGUCAAACAAGUUUUGAUGCUGAUCAAUCCUUACCGUUAAAAGUUCAAUUAUAUGAACGGAAUACUGGAAAGUCACUUGCUAGAACAGGGAACCAAGGAGUGCAUAGUUUUCAACAAGGGGAAACACUUAGUGCCGAGGAAUAUGAAGAUGUCUUCUAACAGGGUUCUAAAAUAUGUCAUAUAUGUUUGUUUUUACUACUGUGCUAGUGUUGAUUUAUUGUAUUAAUGUAAAAUUUAGGAGACUGUUAAACAAAAUAUAAAACUAAAACUUUUCUCGAUUUCACUUUUACAUUUC